CUAAAGAGGUGAUAUUUCACAAUGAGGCGUGCUGCAGCUUUUCUGGCGUUGCUGCUCUGUCUGUACUGGACGAGGGCUCAGGGUGAGAGUGGAGGGCUGACAGAGAAUGAUGUCACUAAGACAGAUGUUCAGUCUGAGAUCCUGAGUGUUAAAGCAACCAGUGAUCAGACUAACAUCACCCCUGAUAUCUGGGCUGAGCUGAAGGAGCUGAGAGACAUGGUGGUCCAACACAGUGUGGAGCUGAAGAAGAUGGAGAAGCUGGAGCAAGAGAAUACAGCCAUACAGGCCAGACUGACAGCCAGUGAAAUCAAGAAUGCAGUUUUGGAGGCCAGAAUGACCGCCAGUGACAACAAAGUGGAGGAGCUCGAGAGAGAGAACACAGAUCUUCUAGCCAGAGUAACAGCAACAGAAAAUAAGAGCACAGUCUUGGAGGCCAGAAUGAACGCCAGUGACAACAAAGUGGAGGAGCUCCAGAGAGAGAACACAGAUUUGAAGGCCAGAUUGAACACUGCUGAAAAUGUGGUGGAGGAGCUCAAGAGGGAGAACACCGUGUUGGAGGCCAGAAUGAGCUCCAAUGAGCUCCAGGUGGAGGAGCUCAAGAGAGAGAAUGCAGAUCGACCAAAGGUGGCGUUUUCUGUCGGCCUUACUGACGCAGGAGCAGUUGGACCCUUCAAUACUGCCAUCACACUUAAGUUCAGUAAAAUUUUCACCAACAUCGGCCAGGCUUAUAACCCAACUACAGGUGUCUUUACAGCCCCAGUCAGAGGAGCCUACUCCUUCAGAUUCCAUGGGUUUGAAACACGGUCUUCACAUUGGAUGGGUAUUGAACUGUAUCACAAUAACAAGAGAAUCACUGUUAGUUAUGAUAUAAAUGACAACCAUGGUUAUGUCUCUGUGUCUCAUGGGUUUAUUCUCCAACUGGAAAAGGGAGAUAUGAUCUAUCUGGUUCUCCCCUCAAACUACAUUGUUUUUGAUAAUGACUAUAAUGGUACCACUUUUAGUGGAUUCCUACUUUUUGCUAUGUGAGGUCUGCUGUAAAAACAACACAGUUGAUUACAUGA